CAUCUCAGGCUUCCAUUACUAUCCACCUAUUCGUUUUCGUUCUUCGUGGUUCUCCAAGAACUGAAAGCAUUAGAGAAUGGUUGGGAGGAUUGUUAUCUCUGCAGUAGACUGGGUGGUUCAUCAUAUAUGGUUUUCUGACAUAGCUGUGGCUUUGUCGAGCAUAUUCAUCUUCAGUUCUAUACUUCAUAGACUCACCAACAAAGGUCCCAUGUUAUGGCCGGUGAUGGGAAUCAUACCAACAGUAUUCUUCCACAUGAACGACAUCUACAAUUGGGGAACCAGAGUUCUGAUCCGAGCUGGGGGGACAUUCUACUAUAGGGGAAUGUGGAUGGGUGGUAGUUACGGGAUUAUGACUAUUGAUCCUGCCAACAUUGAGUACAUGCUCAAGACAAGGUUCAAGAACUUCCCCAAAGGCAAUUACUAUAGAGAGAGGUUCAAUGAUUUGCUCGGGGGUGGCAUCUUCAAUGUAGAUGAUGAAUCAUGGAAGGAGCAAAGGCGACUUGCGACUUUUGAGAUGCAUUCGGGUCCGUUCGUGGCGCACUCGUUUCAGACCAUACAAGGUUUAGUCCACCAGAAGCUGUUGAAACUGAUAGAGAAGCUGGCAAAGUCAGGAGAUUGUAUUGAUCUGCAAGAAGUGCUUCUUCGUUUUACAUUUGAUAAUAUUUGCACUGCAGCUUUUGGUGUUGAUCCAGGGUGCUUGGCUCUAGAUUUACCCGAAGUUCCUUUUGCCAAAGCUUUCGAGGAAGCCACGGAAUCAACAUUGUUCAGGUUCAUUGUGCCUCCUUUUGUGUGGAAGCCCAUGAGGUUCUUUAGAGUAGGAACUGAGAAGCGGCUCAAGGAAGCAGUGCGAAUUGUACAUGAUUUUGCUGAGAAGACGGUGACAGAACGGAGGAUUGAAUUGAGUAAGGCCGGCAGUUCGACUAACCGAUGUGAUCUCUUGUCCAGGAUUGUGGCCAUUGGGUACUCGGAACAAGGCAAAAACAACAACUUCUCUGAUAAGUUUCUCAAGGAUUUUUGCAUUAGCUUCAUCUUAGCUGGGCGAGACACGAGCUCUGUUGCACUGGCGUGGUUCUUCUGGUUAAUACACAAAAACCCAGAAGUGGAAAGCAGAAUUCUCAGCGAGAUCAAAGAAGUCUUGGGUCCGUACGACUCCAACAAGGAAGACCUAAGUCAGAGAGCUUUUACAGUGGAAGAACUAAAGAAGAUGGUGUAUCUGCAAGCGGCCUUAACAGAGUCCCUGCGGCUCUACCCAUCAGUGCCAAUCGACUUCAAAGAGGUUAUGGAAGAUGACGUGUUCCCAGACGGCACACCCAUCAAACGUGGGGCAAGGGUUCUCUACUCCAUCUUCUCCAUGGCUCGAAUCGAGUCCAUAUGGGGGAAAGACUGCAUGGAGUUCAAGCCAGAGAGGUGGAUCAAAGACGGGGAGCUUGUGAGUGAGAAUCAGUUUAAGUAUCCAGUGUUUAAUGCUGGACCCAGGCUUUGCAUAGGGAAAAAGUUUGCCUACAUGCAGAUGAAAAUGGUGGCUGCUUCGAUCCUGAUGAGGUACUCGGUUAAGGUUGUUGAAGGUCAUAACGUUAUUCCCAAAAUGACAACCACACUCUACAUGAAGAAUGGCUUAUUGGUGACUUUCAAGCCUAGGUUGAGCCUGGUGAGCUAAGCUAGCUAGUGAUUAAGCUAAGAUUGGUCAGGUCAUAAUAAGGUAAGUGCUAAAGACCCCUUUUUAAAAUCACUGCCAAAUAAAUUCAAUAGCUCCGUGUAAUGAGUUGUAGCAGUAGGAGGAAAAUAAAUGGACGUACGUCUUCGUUUGCUCUCAUGUUGUACAAUAUAUGUGAACUAAUGAAUUUUACACAUCAAGUUUGUACGUA